UGGUGUACUCAACAGCUUUAGUGCAGUGUGGAAGGAGGAGAGAAAGUAACUGCACAGAUUUUAACCUUGAUUACUAAGCAGGGGGUGGCGGUACAGAGAGAGAGAGUUCAAGAGAGAAGGAAACCAGGGAAAGAAAGGGAAUAAGGUGAGAGGGGCACACUUCAAAACGUCUUGGCGGACAAUUUCAGUUCUUUGUGUCUUUCAGCUGACCUUCCAUCCUUUCUUUCAUCUCAUCGGCUGAUAUAUUGCAAAAUGGAAACAGAUUCUGUGACUUGCCCUCAGAAAUCUGAAUUCCAGGAUGAAUGCAGUAGUAAAGAAGGAAAACCCCACUUCACUGAUGAUAGGGAAACAGCAGUCAUACAAGAUCAUAUGGAGAAAGAUAAAAACAUGGCCACAGACCCCAAAGACAAAGAAGCUAUUAGUGGGUUAGAAAAAACAGAAACACCUGACAGCGGUUUUCCACCUCAACCUCACAAUCAUCCCACCUCCUCACCAGCGGAUGGAGCCAUUGAGGCAACAGAGGAAGUCUUGAGCAGUACAGUUGAAAAUUACCCAACUGGUGAUCAAGAGUGGCCACCAGUGCCAGGACUGGAAGAAGAUAUCCAACCAGAGAGGAGUGGGUGUCAGGCCAUUGAGAUUCAAGAUGAGGUGAAGGAAAACACUGAAACCAGUGAAGAUGUUCCGACAACUGAGGGUGAAGAACCUGGUACCAUGACACAGGCAGACAAAGGCUCAUCACAAAUACCAAAGGAAGCCUGUGAAGAAGAGGGACAUGAGCUUGAGUCACAUGGUGACUCUGACUCAAUAGUGUUCCUAUCGGAAAACAGUGAAGAGCAAAAUAUGGACUGCAAACCUGUGGACUUUGCCACCACCAGAGAGCAGUGGGUGAGACGGGACAGUCGUUGUGAUGAACCAUCAAACCUGAUGUAUAUCAAGAGCUCCUCAAAAAGUCUUCUCACUGAGACCGAACCUUCAUCAAGCAUCCAAAGUGAAUCCACAACUGAACCUGUGGUUAAUGCUGAGAACAUCCAGAAGGGGGAGCCUGAGGUAAACAACCCAAGCUGUCUGAAUGAGAAUGAGGAGGUGCAAAAGGUGUGUCAUGCUGCUCCACCCCUAGAAACAGUUGCAGGCGUGCCAACCAAUCCAGAGCAAGGUAGCUCUGCUUGUAUCUCUACUGAAGUAAAAGAGCCAUUGAUAAUGCCACAGGGGAGGAGGGACAGUAAAAGGGAGGAGAGAGAGAGCAGUGAAACGGGUGAAGAGCGAAAGCAAACAGUGUGUUUCACAGAAACAGGUGGGACCGAAGGAAAGCAGCUGGGGGAGGUUAAAGAUCAAAGACAAGAACGGGGAACCAACGGGCAGAGAGCAGAGUCCCAGUCAAACACAAAGCCUCGUCUGGGAGAAGGGAAAGUCAACAGAAUGCAGGUGGAUCAUUUUGAUGACAGCCAGAGCGAUAGUGGCGUAUCAGCUGAUUUCUCCCCCAACAGCACAACAGAUGUCUUGGAGGGCCAUGAUAAUGAUGCUCCUCAGCCCUCUGAAUCUCCACCUAACGAAACUCCCAUUGAGAGGGAGAUCCGUUUGACCAUGAAGAGAGAGCAGAGUCUAAGGCGUUCUCGAGGACUGUGCGACACCAUUGACAGGACUAAUGAGUUUGUGGAAAUUCCAGUGAGAAAGCAUAUUCUAUCCCAGGACCCUCAGAUAAGACCCAACCCAAGCCACAGCAAAGACCGGCAGUUUGCUGGAAAGAAGAUGCAGAAGGAAAUUAGUGCCGAGACAGAGAGGGAGAAGGUUCUGGUUGAACUGGGCCGACUACCUGGGUUCUAUGACAAAGGAACAGAGGUACAGCUUCAAGACAAAAAGCAGCUUUUUGAGUCGUUUCAAGAGCCGAAGGAAUUGGUGGCAACCAUUAGCAGAAGAUCUGCCACUGUAGAAUCUGCUGCUGGAAUACAGGAAGUUGAUUCUGCUGUUGAUGUUAAACAACGCCUAAUGCAAUUCUCACAAAAUUCUCCCACCCAACCAGUUACGGCCCAGUAUGGAGCCACCAACGGCAACCCACCUACUGCUCGAGGACCUGGUCUGACUGAGGGAAUCAAGGGCCAAAUAAUCAUCAUAGAGGCCAAUGCUAUUCCCACAACUGUGGGAGGACAAAACGGAGGUUACAAGACAACCUCAUGCACAGAUGGAGGAUCUGUGAGACCGAUGAAUUCAACGGGUUUGAGGGCUUCUUCUGCCGAGCCUGUCAGAGCAAGACAAGGCCCAAAGUUAGAAGUGACUGAAGAUGAAGACUCGAGUUUAGUGAAGGAGAACCCUUUCUUCAAGCUCCGCUCUUCUAUGAGUCUGCAGUCUCAGGUGGAGCUGGACAUUAAGGAGGCAAAGGAGAGGGACCGAGAACUGCAGAGACAGAGAAACAGUCUUUAUGGAGGAGCAGCCAUGUAUACAGAAGAAGGAAGAGGAACAGGAAUGGAUUUGAGGACAGAAAUUAGAGUGAGAGAGUUAAGGGAAACCUCUAGCCAAGAGAUUCCCCCACCUCAACAGACUCCAGCAGGCCGCCAAUCAGAGACGUUCACCACCACCACGUCAGUGCGUCAAUCCACUGGAAAACUGGAUUUAACGUGGCCACCGCCCCAAGCUGAUGAAGAACAAAGACAACUGUCAGAGGUAGAGGACUUUUUGUUUGAAUCUCUUUUAAAAGGCAUCAUUUGUGUUCUUAACUAUAUUUUUUUAUGGGACUAA